AUGUCUGCCGUAUUAGACCAAAUCAUGAUCGAAGAUGUGGCUAGAUGUUGUCCUCAACAGUUUCUAGCCUUCCAUCAAUGUAUGAGCAAACCUCCUCUGGAAGCUGACUGCAUCCUUGAACAAGCCAAUUUGAGCAAGUGUAUAAAGAGCGAUGUCCCCGCCUUUCAGAAAGUCCACAGCCUUUGUGCUGGUAAAUUACAGGGGUACGAAGCUUGUCUUAAAACCAAUAAGGGCUCCUUGGCUAAGUGUCAGGCAGACUUGAAGGAGCUAAGAGAAUGUGCUUUGGGAGCUGUUUCUAAAUGA